AUGAAUGAGACGGAUGUGGAUGGAUAUGCGGAAAACGUCGUUACAAGCGACUCAAUUUUUCGCGUCAUGUCAGUUUCCAAGAAUAUCGCCAUGAGCUCCGCUUUGGUGGUAUCGAAUAUUCCCAAGCAGCCUCAAUACCUGAGGCUGAGUUUGGACACGCCUCUACGCUUGGUACUUCCAGAUUUCACAUUGCCAGAGAGAGACUGGAACGAUGGUGGCAGCGAAAUCACCCUCGGCAUGCUCGCAAGCCACACAUCCGGCACCCCAAGAGAAAGCUACAGUACUGGCUUCAACAUGAUUCUCAGCAGCGGGAAAGCAGACUUGCCAACUAUUGGUGCCGCAUGGGGUAGCGCAACUCCGCAGGACGUGAUUGAUGGAAUGGCAACGACAAAUCUGAUGUUCGCACCGGGACAGCGAGCUGCAUAUUCGAACGUUGGCAUCUCGCUGCUUGCAUCUUCAGUUACGGCUUACUUUAACAACGUCAGCAAUACCGAUCUAUCCUGGAGCCAAAUCACAACAGAACAGGUCCUGCAACCACUCAACAUGACACACACUUUCUUUGGCCCCGUUCCGCAAACCCUGCAAUCUUUCAUUGGCAUACCUGGCGGCGAGAACUGGGCUAACCUCCUCAUCGGCGAGGGCUAUAACCCUGCCGCCGGCAUGUGGAGUUCAGCAAACGACCUAGCAAACUACCUCUACGGCCUCUGGCUCUCUCCAUCUCCCGAGCUUAUAACGAAGUACCAGCGCCGGCGCUCGUUGAAGCCCGUAGCCGGUCUACCAGACGGCCGACAACAAACCGGACCAGGUUGGGAAAUUAACCUCAUCACCCUGCAAACCAGUACCAACGCCUCCCUCGACUCCGCGAAAACAUACAGCAUCUUCGGUAAGUCCGGCGACGGAGGCGGGUGGCAUUCCUGGAUCGACGUACUCCCAAACCUGGGCUAUGGCAUCGUUGUCCUUACGCAGGAAGCUACCAUCGAAGGAUACACAGGUCUUUCACCAACAGCGAUUCGCGACAUUGUGCAUGAGAUCCUCGCGCCGGCUUUCGCUGAAGCACUAGCUGCGCGCUCGGCCGAGCGCUUUGCUGGGAUGUAUACGAUGGGUCAGGAUACAGGACUUCUCACUGAUGUCGUGGAUACCACUGCUGUGAACACUAUCACCUAUGCGACGCUCGAAGUUGAAGAUCAAAUCCUUUAUCUGCGCUCGCUCGUCGUGAACGGCACUAGUGCAUUGGAAUCCAUCGACCGUCUGGGUUGGAAUGGCGAUACAGGUCUAAGACUUCUUUCGACCCCACAAGGCGCCAUGUUGGAGCCCGCUGAGGGUGCGGCUGAGAACGCGGAGUUUGGCGAGGGAGCGCAAGUGUGGCGGUUGAUAUUCCCGGGAUUGAAGACGUGUGAUUGGUUUGAUUAUGAUGGGUACAAAGAUAGCAAAGGGUGGCCGUUGAGUAAGGUUGUGAUGAUUGAGAAGGAUGGAAAGGUCGAGUUGAGAUACCCGCCAUUUGACAUUGUCGUUAGCCGGACGUGA